UUGGCAUCUUAUAUUUUAAUUGUGAAUCAAACUUAAGUCCUAUUGAAGAAUAUAUGGAAGAAUUGAUUAAUAUAAGUGGCAAGGUUGAGGACGAACUGUUUCUGUGUAAUUUUUCAAUGAGUCAAGAGCAGCUAGAGACUUUGAUCAGUAUUAACAAAAAUAAGAUAAAACUUGGUUUCAUCAAAUGAAAACUAAAAAUAGCCUCUGUUCCAGACUUUGGAGAUAGUCUAGAAGGAAGUACUCUGAAAUUGUUAAAUUUGGCAGGAUGAGGACAUGAAGAUUUAAGUGACUGGGAGGACAACGACACACAUUUUGAAAACCUUGUCAAGGGCCUAGCCCAGUCCGAAGACAUGAAGAAGAACCUUAAAAACAUUAGCGUACAAAACUGUGAAUUACCUAAAGAAGAACCAAUGAAAACGCUUAAAAAAUACAAAUUCAAAAGAGCCGUUCAAUUCAAUACUUCAAAGCCCAUAACCUCACAUAACCAGGAAUCAACAACCACUACCCAAAACGCCCACUCCUCUUCAGACCCUGACGACCCCAAAGACUGCACCAUAUUCUAACCCCACCACCUAAUUACUGCACUACAAUUCUCCAUAA